AUGGAGGUGGAGGAGGAGGAAAGACGCUCUCCACACGAUCAUGUGGAUCGGUGUGUUCCCGAGAGCUUCUUUGAUCGCGUAACGCAAGGGUUACGCGGCGAUCUCGAACAUGAGCGGGAUAGGCGUCUCCAAAUGGCGGACACUGCCUCGAAGCAUCGAGCUGAGUUUGCCUUUGCUCAGCUUGAGAACGAGAGAUCUCUGACAUCUCUUCGUGACGAGCUAAGGGUAGCUUGUGUGGAUAUGGACCGGUCUCGGGAUGAGAUAACUGCUCUUCAGACCCUUGUUGAUGCCCACCAUCGGGAGCACAAGGCUCUCUGCGAGAUGCUUGAGCGCAAGGGCGUUCUUCAUUGGAAGAAGCAGCGUACUGAUGGUACGGCUUAA